UUCCUACGUGAAUUACAUUUGCGGUUGGAAUCGUUACAUUAUGAAGAUAUUGGGAAUCUGGCCAGAGGAAAGAAAAUAUAAUCAAGCAUCGAGUUACUUGAUCCUUCUACCACUUAGCAUGAUGUUACUGUUCAUUGGAAUACCACAAACGAUUGAUCUCUAUUUCAUAUGGGGUGAUAUCGAUUUGACCACAGAAAAUUUGUCAGUAGGAAACAUGACUGUGUUACUUGCGAUCAUAAAGGCAACUAUCUUUUGGUUCAGUGGAGAAUCCAUCAGUGUUCUAUUAUCUAACAUGGAAGAGGAUCGGAAAGAAGCGAAUACCGAGGAGGAAACAAGAAGAAUGAUGAGUAUCGCGAAAAUUUGCAGAAAAAUAUCCAUUGCAUGUACUUUAACCUAUGACGUACUCGUUAUUCUUUUCGUCAUUCUACAUUUUUUAUUAGUUCAUUACAUCGGCCGUAUUCUCAUAAUGCGCUCAUAUUUUCCUUACAACAUACAAUCGACACCGAAUUACGAGCUAACCGUUUUUGCUCAAACAUUGGCUGCAUGUUGCAUGGGCAAUGCUUAUACAUCUGUAGACACUUUUCUAGCUAUGUUAGUGCUUCAUGUUUGCGGACAAUUUGAAAAUUUGGGAAACCGAUUACGCGAUCUACGUCGCGGAAAGGACAAUGAAUUUUACAUUAAACUUGCCAAAAUCGUUAAGAAACACGAUUCUCUAAACAGAUUCGUCAAUACGAUCGAAAAAAAAUUCAACGAUAUGUUACUGUUGCAAAUGCUCGCCUGUACGAUUCAACUUUGUGCUUUGUUUUUCUUACCGAUUAUGAUCCUUGGAAAGAAAGAAACGAUGGUCAUAAAAUUUAUUCACAUGACUUUCUUCGUGUUAUGUAUUACAUAUAUUUUGCUGGAAAUUUACCUGUAUUGUUACAUCGGUGAGAAACUCAUUUCAAAGAGCAUCAAAGUUGCCGAUGCUGCAUACGAGUGCAAAUGGUACGAUUUAUCUCCUAAUGAGGCUAAAUCACUUAUGAUAAUCAUGCAUCGAGCAAGAGUACCCCUUUGCAUAACAGCAGGAAAAUUUAGUAUAUUCAGCCAUCAACUUUUCAGCGAUAUUUUGAAGACAUCGAUGGGUUACUUGUCUGUACUACUCGCAGUAAAUGUCGUAAAUACAGAAUAAAAUGUUUCUAUACAUAGAAAUAAUAUUAGAUUUUAUAAUAAAGUAGAAAUAUAG